AUGUUUCUUCUGAGAUUCGAAACUUUCGAUGGCCUGGAGGCCUUCCAGCCAUGUUCACCAAACAUUGAUCAACUGAACCUCCAGAAGGCCCUACGUCCCAUUGAAACAGGCGACCCCGUUUUCAAUGCAGCCCGCGACUGGUCAUGCAUCCUACAAUCCCUCCCAGGCUUGCCCAAAGAAUUGAGAUGGAUUCUUGCCACUGUUUACGACUUGGCUUGUAUCAUGUUGCGUGCCGACAGUGACGAAGAUGCACACUGGGCCAUGAGGCCAUGGCUCUCACACUGGUACGAUGUUGCCGACAUUCUUUUCCUGAAGUACAAUAUUCCUGCCAGAGCACCAGAUCUAGAUUAG